AUUUGACUGUGCGCUAUCUCCGUUUAUCAACACUGUUCGACUGGUUUGUUGUCAAAAAUGAGAAGAAAAAACAAUAGAUAAGUUAAAUAAUAGCCACAAAGAAUGCCUGAGAAUGCAGCCAGCUCGUUUCCCCCGGAUCCUGCCUUUCGGAAUGCCCGUAGCCAACUGGGGGGCAGCACCUUUGGGCAACGGCGCGAAGACAUCUUUCGUCGUCUCCAGGAAAGUGCGCAGCGAAUCUCGCUAAAGUUCAGUGGAAAAGAAUUGGCCACGGAACGCGAUGAGUCAGUCCAGGAACUCUGUGAAUCGCUCGAGGAGCUGCUUACCUAUGGACUGAGGCAAUCGGCAAGUGGAUCUUCCUUCAGCGCCGCAGGUUUCAUCCAGAACAUGCAAGAUAUAGUGUCCGGAAAUGCGGGUGGGGGCGGAAACAACAAUGACGCCACUUUCUGGGAGUUUUGCCAGACGCAUUUGACGCCCCACGAACGCCAGCGGUACCUGGAGCUUAGGCAGAUCUGGACCAAUUUGGGCCGAGGUCGUGCCUUUAUUCGCGCCUCACUGAACGAAAAGCGACUCCAUAGCCACAUUCUUACCUGGCUGAGCGACGAGGGGCAGCUGCAUCGUUACUACACACCCUGGUCGCUGCUGCUCAACGAUGAGGCCGCAAAAAAGCUGCCUGAGAUUAUAGACUCCCUUCGGGAUGUUCUCUUCGCCCUCAAUGUGGACUGCACGGAGCUUAAUGCACCGAAAAGAUCGGCGCCAACUGUUCCCGUUAAGGAGGAGCCUAUUAUUUACGCCCCAAGUCCUGUGCCUGUGUCGGGGCGCCAAAGUAGACGUACGUGCACUGCCGUGGAGCGGCCCAUUCAAGGAGCCAGUUCAAUGGAAGAUCUACUUAGUGUCCUGAAGCCCAUCGAAGCCGUUGAAGUGCAGGAACUGAUCUCCAAGGAAGCCAUUGAAAAGGAGCUCGCUAAGCCGGUGGAAGAGAUCAGUGUGGGUCCCUUUGAUCCCAUCGAACCUGAGUUAGAAUUUCUUAAGACACCGUUGCCCGAGUUUUAUCCUCAGGCAGCUGCUGCGGAGGCAGAUCUUUUUGAAGACCGCAGCGAUACGUCUUCGCAGUGGAGCAAGUCCUCCUCCUCGGCGAACUGCGUUGCCAACAGCCUGCAGCAGGCGGCGUUGGAGGAGCAGGUGAACGAGCUUAACGAAAGGUGCGCUUUACUGGAAACACGGGUUGCGGAACUAAAUCUGCAGAAUCGCCUGCUUAUCCGAAGGCUCACCAAACAGUUUGAGGAGACCGGCAUUGAUCCCAGCUCAUCGCUCUGCUCUAAUUUCCUGAUCACCAUCCCACACGUGAAGCUCACCAAGACGGCGCGAUCCGGUUCCCACUACACUUACGAAGUUCACAUCACGAUGAGACAGCGUUUGGAGCACUGGACACUUUUCAGGCGCUACAGCGAGUUUAACAAGCUGCACAAAUCGCUGCUGCGGACUCACCCGGUGGUCAGUUCAGUGGAUUUUCCGCCCAAGAAACAUUUCGGCAACAUGAACCUGGUCUUUGUGGAGGAAAGGCGACAGCAGCUGCAGAUAUAUUUGCUUAAUCUAGUUGAAACUCUGCCCCAGGUAGAGGCCUGCAAAUCGAAAGCGGAGCUGCAAAAGGUUUUCCCCUUCUUCAGAGAUAAAUAACCGCUUUAAAUAAAUAUAAGCUAACCAAACUCAACCAAGGAAGCUCGAAAAGAACAAGUAUUUCCCCUCAUCUUAUAUUUUGUUAUAGAGAUUUUUACUUAUAUGCGUAAUAAUGGAUUUGGUCCAGGUGCUGUAAUAAAUGAUAUUAAAUAAAGUUAAGACUUUUUCAUCUAA